CCGCUUGUCCUCAAGCCUCGGAAGCAAGUAACCGGAGGAGAAGGGAACAGGCAGGUCCAGGCAGGAGGGCCCAAGGCUGGGAGGGGCCGAGAUGAGCCGGCCCCCUAAUAGGAAAUGAGGUGGGACACAGAACUUCUGCUCCAGGAUGUUGACGAACUUGCUGUCCCUGCUGCUGCUAUUGCUGCCUGGCUGCGCCUUUUGCGACCAGGAAGAUGGCUCCCAAGGCCUGCAUAUGCUCCAGAUCUCCUACUUCCGAGACCCCGAACACGUGAGACAUCAGGGCAACGCCUCUCUGGGGGAACUCCUGACACACACACUGGAAGGCCCAGCCAACAAUGUCACCAUCCUCCAGCUGCAACCCUGGGAGGAUCCCGAGAGCUGGGCUGAAACAGAGAAGAGGCUGCAGCUCUACCUGUCUCAAUUCCACGCCUUGGUGCAGCUGGUGUAUCGCGAGCGCAAGAGCAGCGUAGUCUUUCCUCUCACAGUCACUUGCUCCUUGGGCUGCGAGCUGCCCGAGGAGAGCUCUGAAGCCCGCGUCUUCUUCGAUGUGGCCGUGAAUGGGAACUCCUUUGUAAGUUUCCAGCCAAAAUCCGCCCUGUGGGUGGCAAGCUCCAAGGAGUCCUCCGAAGCAAUCACCUUCACCCUGAAGCAGCUUAAUGCCUACAAUCGAACUCGGUACGAACUGCAGGAAUUUCUUCAGGACACAUGUGUGCGAUUUGUGGAGAACCAUAUCAACACACAAAACAUGAAAGGAAGCCAAACAGGCCGCUCUUACACUUCGCUUGUCCUGGGCAUCCUGGUGGGCUGUUUCAUAAUUGCUGGUGUGGCCGUGGGCAUCUUCCUGUGCACAGGUGGACGGCGCUGCUGAUCACUGUCCAGUCCCCUCGGAGAAAGAGGUGGACUGAUGGGGGGCUGGUAAGGAAAGGUCACAUCUCAUAUGAAGCCAAACAGACUCCCCCAGUGGGCCACCGCAUCUCAGGAGGUUUAGAGCAACAACUCCCCUUUUCUCCUACAUCUGCCGACCGGGAGUUUGAGGAAGGGACAUAAGGAGGGCUUGAAGACAAAGCAACCUGUUUGCGAAGGACUUGAGAGUGUGCAUGCUUUGUUUUAAGUGGUCUGAGAAGGGGUGCCUAUCUGAGGAAAUCAGAUGAUAGACUUGGGGUAUCUGUGACCGCCCUGCAAAGGCAAAUUCACUGUAGGCAGACCAAACAUCUAAAUAAAUAAAAUGAGGUGCCUGUAACCACA